AAGUCAAGUCAGUAUUCGUUCAGUGCUGAAAGGUGAAGCAGUUAUGUUCUGUGCUUUGUUAUUUUUCUUGUAUAAAACAUUAAUCUCUAUUGCUUUAUGCUCUGUUUUAUUCAUUUCGACAAAGUAAUAUUAGGUUGAAUAUAAUGGAAAUUGUUUCAGUCUCGAAGGGCGUGUUUCCCGUCGAAUGUUAUAAAUUUGGAAGAAAAAAAAUAAAGAAUGAAAAUGAAAAUUCUAAUAAACCAUGGUAUCAAACUUACAAACAAAUCUAUCAAACAAUUCAAGAUUCUGUAGAGAGAAUUAAUUAUAAAAUGUAUAAACAAAUUUUACAAGAUUUGUAUUGGUACGUUCAAAAUAUAUCCAAUGGUGAAAUUAAUAUUCUACCUACUGAAAUAUCGACAGCAAUUCUUUUAGCUGGAAUAAAUGUUCCCGAUCACAUUAUGCUUUUUGAUAAAGUUGAAGAAACACUUCGAGAAAUUACUCCCUAUAUUGCAACAAUAAGUUCAAAAAAUUGUAACAAUCUUAAAAGUAUGGUUGAAGAAAGUGUUUAUCAAAUAAUCAAUGCUGAAACAAAGAAUGAUCCUAUUAUUAAAAAAGUUAAUUGUACUUUUCGCGCUUUGACUUCAUGGUACAAUGAAUCGAAUGAAAAUAAUAUACCACUUGUGAUAAUUAUAAAAGAUUUUGAAAAUUUCAAUGCCAAAACCUUACACGAUUUUGUUUAUAAUUUAAGCAUGCACUCGAGACUGAAGAUUGUGUUGAUUCUUGGUAUUGCAACAAGUUUGCAUAUUGUACACAGAACUCUUUCUUAUGAUGUUACAUCAAAACUUCGAAUAAAAGUAUUUUCUACACAAACGCAAUUAUUAAGUUUAUCUGAUAUACUCGAGGGAAUCGUUUUUUCUCAUAAUGUACCAUUUAAAUUGACGGGUAAAGCAUUUAAAUUUCUCGAGGAUAUGUUUCUUUUUUAUGACCUGUCUGUAGACGGAUUUUUACAGGCUUAUAAGAUAUGUUUGGCAAAACACUUUUUUGAAAAUAAUUACGCAUCUCUUUGUUGUGACAUAAAUAACGUGGAAAGAAAAUUAAAAUCUCUAACUGGAAAACAUCUUCGGGAAUUUAGAAAACUUCCUUCAAUCGCUUACUAUUUUCAAGGAAAACAAAAUUUAGAGGACGAAGAUUUUAAAAAAUUUCUUUCGAAUUGUGUAAAUGAAUUUCAAAAUUAUAUGGACAAAUUUUUAUCAGUGCUUAAAUUGUUGCAUAAUUUUGCAAAUACUUGUCCAAGUUUACCUUUUGGCAAACAUUUUCGCCAAAUUUAUGGAGAUGCUGUUAGUUCGAAUUUAACGGAAUUGGAUAAUUACACAAAAGUUUUACAAUAUUUGCUACAUUUACCAAAAGAAGAAUUUUUGGCAAAAUUUGAACAAGUUUUAAAAGUUGCUGAGAAUAAUAAAAAAUUCUUGCCGGAAAAUUUAAUGCAUAAUUUGAAAAAACACUAUCAAAUUUUACAAGGCGCAAGUGAAGUUAUUUUACCAUCGUCGUCAAUGAAAUCCGAUAUUCAAAAAUCGCCAAAUUCUGAUGUUAAAUUUAACAAACGUUCUGCAUUUCAUAAUAGUCUUCGAAAUAAUGCACAUAAACAAACAUGUUCACCAUAUAAAGAAGCGAGGGAAAAUUUUGUCGACUAUAUCGACAAACAAAUAUUUUCUGUAUUUCUAAAAAAUCCUAAAAAUCUUUUGGGAUAUGAAAUAUUUUGUUUUCACGAUAAUCGAUUAGUGACACGUCAAAUUAAAGGAUCACUUAGAGCGGCAAUUGAAAAUUCUUUAAAUAAUCCGAAUCUUCUUCUAGAAUGCCCUUGUUGUGUAAUCGAUAAUGAGACGGAGAUUUUACAAACAAUGCCUGAUAUUGUGAUAAUUUAUAAAUUACACAAGGAGAACAAGAAACUAAUAAACAUGUACGAUUGGUUACAGUCAUUCUUGAUAAUCAUUGACCCCGAACAAAUUGAUGAGCAACGAGAUAUAAAUCCAGUCAUCAAGUCUCGAUUUUCACAAGCAGUUGCAGAGCUUCAAUUUCUUGGCUACAUCAAAGGAACAAAAAUAAAAACCGAUCAUGUGAAGAGGCUUGUUUAUUAAAUUAAAAAUUAUAAUUACUAAAUGUAAUUUGAGAAUAAAUUGAUAUUUUUACUUUUUUAAA